AUGACAGAGAGAUUUGACUGCCACUACUGUAAGGAAUCUCUGUUUGGGAAGAAGUACGUCCUUCGGGAGGAGAACCCUUACUGCGUCAAAUGCUACGAGAGCUUGUACUCCAACACCUGUGAGGAAUGCAAGAAACCCAUUGGCUGCAACAACAGGGAUCUCUCCUAUAAGGACAGACACUGGCAUGAGGAUUGCUUCCAUUGUUUCAAGUGCCGUCGCCCCCUGGUGGACAAGCCGUUCUCCACCAAGGACGAGCAGCUGCUCUGCACCGAGUGCUAUUCCAAUGAGUACUCGUCCAAAUGCUUCGAAUGCAAGAAGACCAUUAUGCCUGGCUCCAGGAAGAUGGAGCAUAAGGGGAACAGCUGGCAUGAGACCUGCUUCACAUGCAAACGAUGCCAGCAGCCAAUUGGCACUAAGAGCUUCAUACCCAAGGAUAACAAUAACUAUUGUGUGCCCUGCUAUGAGAAGCAAUUUGCUAUGCAGUGCGUGCAUUGCAAGAAGCCAAUCACUACCGGAGGUGUGACUUACCACGACGAGCCCUGGCAUAAGGACUGCUUCCUGUGUACCGGCUGUAAGCAGCAGCUGUCUGGCCAGCGUUUCACCUCCCGCGAUGAAUUCGCUUACUGUCUGAACUGUUUCUGCAACCUGUACGCCAAGAAAUGCGCCUCCUGCACCACGCCCAUCAGUGGGCUGGGGGGCAGCAAGUACAUCUCGUUUGAGGAACGCCAGUGGCACAACGACUGCUUCAACUGCAAGAAGUGCUCCGUGUCGCUGGUGGGACGCGGUUUCUUGACGGAGCGCGACGACAUCCUGUGCCCCGACUGCGGCAAAGACAUCUGA